CCGGAAUCCAGAUCCGCGAAGUGGCAAUUCACCUGACCUCGGUCACUAGAUUAAGACUAGUUAUUAGCUACUGCUCUGAUGUUUCAAAGGACCUUUUCCACUCAUUCGCUAUCGCUGUGAUUCUGGUUCUUACUUUCUAUGAGCAUGAUUGAGGUUCCCGAUAGAUCCAUUCGCAUCUGCGCAGAUAGAGGAGGGACGUUUUGUGAUGUUCAUGCAUCGUAUCCUGACCCAGGCAAUCCAAACGAGCGGAAGGAUAUCGUUGUCAAACUUCUGUCACAGGACACAGCCAACUACGGUGAUGCACCAACGGAGGGUAUCCGCAGGGUGCUUGAAAUCGUAACGGGAGAGACGAUUCCCCGUGGGUCUGUGCUUGACACUAGCAAGAUUGAUUACAUUCGUUUGUCGACAACAGUGGCGACAAAUGCGCUGUUGGAGCGUAAGGGACAUCGUCACGCGUUGCUUAUUACGAAGGGAUUCAAGGACCUCCUGCUCAUCGGGAAUCAGUCACGCCCACGUAUCUUCGACUUGAACAUUCGCCGCCCGAGUCCUUUGUACUCUGAAGUCGUUGAAGUGGACGAGCGUGUAACUCUUGUUGGGUACACGUCGGAUCCUAAGUCAGAGGAGAACGCUAUUCAGUGGAAUGAUGAUGGGUCGUCCAUUCAAAGAGGCUAUAGGGGUCCUGGAUGGGAUGGGGAGGGUAAUGCUGAAGGUCCAGGAGAUAUUGUUCGAGGGAUCUCAGGAGAAGCAGUGAGGAUCUUGAAGAGACCAGACCUGGACCUUCUGAGACACGACCUACAACGAUUGUACGACACUGGAUAUCGCUCCCUCGCGAUCGUCCUCGUUCAUUCUUAUACUUUCCCCGAGCAUGAAAUACAGAUCGGCAAGCUUGCACGAGAAGUUGGGUUCACCCAGGUCUCAGAAUCCUCGCAGUUGCUGCCCAUGAUCAAGAUGGUCCCUCGCGGUGUAUCGUCCACAGCGGAUGCAUAUCUCACCCCUAUCUUGCGAGAGUAUCUAGACGGAUUCUUUCACGGUUUUGACACAAAGUUGAAGGACGGACGAAUAAAGAGUCCUCGUGUGGAAUUCAUGGGUAGCGACGGGGGACUUUUAGACCUUAAUAACUUCUCUGGUUUGAAGAGCAUUCUAAGUGGCCCAGCGGGAGGCGUCGUGGGGUAUGCACUGACGAGCUGGGACGCAGACAGGAAAUAUCCUAUCAUUGGCCUUGAUGUAGGUGGGACAUCGACUGAUGUAUCCCGCUUUGACGGCCGCUACGAAGUGGUUUACGAGACGACAACUGCCGGAGUCACUAUCCAGUCUCCACAGUUGGAUAUCAACACUGUCGCAGCUGGUGGAGGUUCUUGCUUGACCUUCCGAAACGGCUUGUUUCUUGCAGGACCCGAAAGCGCUGGUGCACAACCAGGUCCUGCCUGUUACAGGAAAGGCGGUCCGCUAGCGGUCACAGACGCCAACUUGCUCCUAGGCCGCCUCAUCCCAAGUUAUUUCCCUAAAAUAUUCGGAAAAUCAGAGAAGGAGCCUCUAGACUCAGAAGCAUCACGCGUGGCCUUUGAGAAGGUCGCCAAGGAGAUCAACGAAAGUCAUGAAAUAAACCUUGAUUUGGAUGACAUUGUAUACGGGUUUAUCAAAGUUGCCAACGAGACGAUGUGUAGACCCAUUCGUGCACUAACGGAGGCACGAGGAUACUCCACUGGCAAACACGUGUGCGUAUGGUAUCUAUCUCGCAUUUCUGUCACCCUUUCAUAUACUUGUUUUCUCAGAUUGGCAAGCUUCGGUGGUGCUGGUGGUCAACACGCCUGCGAGAUUGCAAGUUUGCUUGGCAUAAAGACCAUCCUCAUCCAUCGAUACAGCUCCAUUUUGUCUGCAUAUGGAUUGGCUUUAGCAGACCGCGCAUACGAACUUCAAGAGCCCUCAUCAGCGUUCUAUUCUGCGCAGACACGCCGGAACCUGAUCGUCCGUCUUGAUAAGCUUACCAAUGACGUCAAGGCCGAGCUCAAACACCAGGGGUUUGAAGGUGACCGGGUGAAGGUUGAGCGGAUGUUGAACAUGCGGUUUGAGGGCACUGACACUGCCCUCAUGGUUCUUCCUAAUGAGAAUGAUGGCGAUGGUACCGAGGACUUUGAGGCAGCGUUCAGGCGCGUGUACAAGGCAGAGUUUGGUUUCUUGCUUGAUACCAAAAGCAUCAUCGUAGAUGACGUGAAGGUUCGUGGCAUCGGGAAGACCUUCGACCACCUCGGGGAGUCCGUCUACUCGGAGAUAGAACGGCUUGAGAAGCAUCCUGUCACACGUGGUCGAGCAGACUCAACAUAUAGCGUGUACUUCGAUAAAGUUGGCCGAGUGGCCGAUACCCCUGUGUUCCUCCUGGAUAGCCUAGGCGUGGGCGAUGAAGUCACGGGUCCUGCGAUGAUCAUUGAUAACACGCAGACUAUAGUCAUCGUACCAGGUGCACGUGCUGUUCUCACUAGCAAACACUUGUAUAUCACACUCGGAGGAUGAGUAGUAAUAACUGGGACAUGGGAGUCUAUGGCAGGCACAGUUGCCAGCUGUGAAUUCAUGAGUCCGUGGUAUUGUCACAGGGCGUGUAUACUAAAUAUAGCUACCUAUACCGCUACAGAACGUUACAAUUAUUUUCAUUAUCGACAGAGUCGGAUAGACCGGCAUUCUUUUGAUCUUACCGCUUCUAUUACUUGUACGUG